AGUAAAAUGAACUGAAAACUAUUUUAGGUUAUCUGAAAUGGUUGAGCGCUUUUGCAUAUCCAAGUUUAUAUUGAAUCUGCCAAGAUUUUAAUGAAAUGUGAGAUUUCUAGUUGCCGUAGUAGUUUUGUUCCUGUCUCAAACGUAACAGACAAUUCUAAUGCUACAAUAUCUUUAUCAACCAAGGAACUGGAUAAAUAAACAGUUUAAUGUCGUAUUCAUUGGAUUUAAUUCUUUAUUAAUUUUUUUAUUUAGUUAUCCGAUUGUAAACAAUUUGAUGAUAUAGAUACAGCUAUUGGAAUUUGGAAAGAUGCUAUUCGAAUUAAACUCAAACGAAAACGUUUUGAAAAUCGAGAUAAUGAAGAAGUAAAAGCUUAUCAGUCAAAGUAUUCAAGAUUUGGAUAUGGACGUCCAAAAGAAACUCUUCAUGUUAGACGUAAAGCUGUUCGUAAUCAAACAACAUCAGAAAUUUUUGAAGAAUUUCCUGGAUAUAAAGAUCCAGUGUUGAUUUUUGAAGAAGUAAAGAUGAUAAUGGGAGCUGAUUUACGUGCUGUCGUACGUCGUCAAAUACCGAUUUUGCUUGAAAGGAUUAUUGCAACACCUGCUUUUAUUACAGAUUCUCCACUAAUACAACUUACUCAUGUGCUUUGUCGUCAAUUUGAUGAAUCAAUUCACUAUUUAUAUUGCAAUACAUCACCAUCAAGUCCAUAUCCAUCAAUGGUGUUCACUGAUAAUACAAUCACUGUAUUUACAGAUUUUCUUUCGAUCGUUUCAACAACAUCACCUGAUGAUGGAUUAGCACUUGUACUAGCAAUGUAUGUCGUGUUCGAACUAAAUUUUCCUAAAAAUGGUCGAGCAAUACGAUUUUUAUAUGCAAUGAUGUUUGGUAAUACAAGAUAUUUAUCAAAUGAAAUGCGUAGUCUAAUCAAAGAAAAGAAUAUUGAAAUUUAUACUGAACGAAAUCGAGAAAUCUGUGAAAGUACAAAUUUGAUUUCAAACAAUCACUCAGCUGUUACUCAUGAUACUCAAUCUUCAUCACACACUAGUUCUAAUUUAUUAUCUGCUUCACUUGAAAAUGUUUAUCCAUUAAAUAGUAAUAGUUUUCCAACCAAUACCACUAUUACAUCUACAGAACCUGAUGAUAUGAAUCGAAAAUCUUCAUCAAAUGUUGAUAGUCAAAAACAAUCUGAACAUUUUUCAAAAAAAAAUCGUAAAGAGAAAAGCAUUAACAUGUGA